GUCAUCAUUUAAUAGAGCCACCUGUUAAUAUUGAAGGACUAUAUAAUCUUGUCAAGGCCGCAAGCUACCUUUCUCUUCAAGAGUAUUGGGAAGUUUCUCAGGAAAUUGGACUAAUUGCAUCAUUUUUGGACUCCCGAAUAAAAAAUUUAAAAUUUAUUGAAGAUGUUAAUAUAAAGACAACCACAAUUAAUACUGUACGAAGACUUUGUAUUGAGGAAGAGCCUUUGACUUGGGAGAUUUUAACCAAUAAUAGUUUUACCAGGAUUUCUAAUAAGUCAACUGUUAAACCCACAGAAACUAACAAUUUGAUGGAAGACUUAUAUAGUAAUGAGGAAUCGGAUGAGUCAAUUGAGGAGACUGAACUGGCUCAGAAAUAUCUAUCAGUUCCAGCUACGUCGGUUCUUUCUGAACACUUGUUUUCGGAUGCAGGACAACAUAUCACAGCAUUGCAUAAUAGACUCCAGCCAGAUAUG